AUAUUUUGUUUUCUAAAACACUGUUGAAAAAUGUUCUAGCUUAUAAACCAUAGCUAAACUAUAUCGAUAUUAGCAAAACUACACGCCGGCAAACCCCUUUAAUAAUACAAAAGAGAAAGGAAGAGUAUAACUCAAUAGUCAAAGUUCCUCUGUUUUAGCUGUCUUCGGUCUCGCUCUCAUGUCACAUGAACCAUACCUUUCUCUCACAUCACUCCCCCCUCCCCCAAAAAUAGACCUCUCUCCUUCUCUUUCUCUCCGUUACAUUCUUCGCUCACAUCCUCCCAAAAAAGGCUCUCUCCCCUUUACUUUCUCUUUCAUUUAUUUACACUAAUAACCUUCUAUUUUCUUGCACCAAUGGAACAACAACAACAACUUACCCCGGAGCUCUUCCUCGUCGCCGGUAACUCUGACUCUUUCGUCGUCGACGACCUUCUUGACUUUUCUAACGACAACGGCCAACCUGACGACGGACUUGAACCCUUUCCUGACUCUUCCACCGUUUCCACCGGUACUCUUGCCGAUAGCUCCAACUCCUCCUCGUCGCUUUACACCGACGGCAGCGUGUUCUCCGACGACCUUUGUGUUCCGAGUGAGGAUUUAGCUGAACUUGAAUGGUUAUCGAACUUGGUGGAAGAAUCAUUCUCAAAAGAAGACCAAGACAAGCUUCAGUUACUGUCCGGCUUACAAAAACCUCAAACCACCGGGUUAACCCAAACCAAACCAGAACCGGAACCCGAACCUGAGUUGGAUCAAAUCUUCAUCCCCACCGACACUGACGACUCCAAUGUCUCCGUUCCCGCCAAAGCGAGAAGCAAAAGACCACGCUCUGCAGCCUCCACGUGGGCUUCCCGUCUUCUUGCAAUCGCCGGCUCCGACGAGUCCGGUCCGAAGAAGAAACAGCUCAGAGCUAAAGAACACGAAGGCAGCGCCGGAGAACUCGAAGGCGAAGCCGGAGGAGAGAGACGGUGUCUCCACUGCGCGACGGAUAAGACGCCGCAGUGGCGGACGGGGCCGAUGGGUCCCAAGACGCUGUGCAACGCGUGCGGAGUGCGGUACAAAUCGGGGAGGCUCGUGCCGGAGUACAGACCGGCUUCGAGUCCGACGUUCGUGAUGACGAGGCACUCGAACUCUCACCGGAAAGUGAUGGAGCUGCGGCGACAGAAGGAGAUGAGAGACGAGCAUUUGAUGAGUCAGCUUCGGUGUGAGAAUCUCGUGAUGGAUAUCAGAUCCAACGGCGACGAUUUCUUGAUCGGUGAUAGUAAUUAUAAUAGCCACGUGGCUUCUGAUUUUAGGCGCUUAAUCUAACCUUCCUUCUUAUUUCCACGUGGAUUUAAUUCAGAAGAAUAAGUUUCUUAAUAGUUUAUUUUUUUACGUUUUUUAGCGUCUUAUUUUGUUUACGUUUGUAGACUACUAAUGGUAUUUAAUAAUUUCCUUUUUUACUCAAAAUGUAAAAAUUUAUAAGUGGAAAUAAAAACUUAGAAAAUAAUUCUAGACUGGGUAGAACGAGUUAGUAAUCAUCUUAACUAUAAUGUAAGCAGAUUAGUUUCUGCUUAACCUGAAAAUAAUUGAAACAAUAAGGAUACAAAAUUGUUUCAAUUAUUUUCAAGUUAAACGGGUUUUUGACUUAUUAAAUCCCUAACUCUCUAAUUUCGGCAUAUUUAAGCUCUAACUUUUGUUUAGCCAUAAUAAAUAGGGAAAAUUUGGAGAAAUGCACUCAAAUAAGAUUAUAAUUUGAAAACUACACCCUUAUUUAAA